AUGGCCAAAGUCCCUGACCUCUUUGAAGACCUGAAGAACUGUUACAGUGAAAAUGAAGAAUACAGUUCUGAAAUUGACCAUCUGUCUCUGAAUCAGAAGUCCUUCUAUGAUGCAAGCUAUGAACCACUUCAUGAGGACUGCAUGGAUAAAUUUAUAUCUCUGAAUACCUCUGAAACCUCUAAGACAUCCAAGCUUACCUUCAAGGAAAAUGUGGCGAUGGUGUCAGCCAACGGGAAGAUUCUGAAGAAGAGACGGUUGAGUUUAAAUCAGUUCAUCACCAAUGAUGACCUGGAAGACAUUACCAAGGAUACAGAAGAAGAAAUCAUCAAGCCCAGAUCAGCACAUUCCAGCUUCCAGAGGAACAUGAAAUACAACUUUGUGAGGGUCAUCAGACAACAAUGCAUUCUGAAUGACGCCCUCCAUCAAAGUAUAGUUCAAGAUUCGUCGGGUCAAUACCUCACGGCUGCUGCAUUAAAUAAUCCGGAUGAGGCAGUGAAAUUUGACAUGUGUGCUUAUACACCAGAAGAGGAUCAUCAAUGUCCUGUGACUCUAAGAAUCUCAGAAACUCUACUGUUUGUGUGUGCUCAAAACGAAGACGAACCCAUAUUGCUAAAGGAGAUGCCUGAGAUACCCAAAACCAUCGAAGAUGAGACCAAUCUCCUCUUCUUCUUGGAAGAGCAUGGCACUAUGUGCUACUUCAAAUCAGUUGCCAAUUCAGAGUUGUAUUUGGCCACAAAGCAAGAAAAACUGGUGCACCUGGCAAGGGGCCUGCCCUCUAUCACUGACUUUCAGAUGUCGGAAAACCAGCCUUGA